UGCAUUCAAAGAAUGAGAAGAACACCUCCAUUGGAUGAAUUGCAGCCACCACCAUAUCAGGAUGACAGUGGCUCUCCACAUCUCUCAUGUACACCUUCAGAAAUUGGUGACAGUAAAUGUGAAUUUUCUCACUGUAGCAACAGCCCAAGAUGUUCAUACAAUAAGUGCCCAAGCGAAGGAAGUACAGGACAUGAAAUAGAAAGUUUUCAUAAUAAAGGCUAUGAAGAGGAUGUGCCCAGUGACAGUACUGCUGUUCUUAGCCCAGAAGUAACUCAAGGAUCAUCUUCACAACUUCCUAAACCUUUUGAUCCUGAGCCAGAAGCUAAAUAUGGCACCCUGGAUGUGACUUUUGACUAUGACUCACAAGAACAGAAGCUCCUAGUAACAGUGACAGCUGUCACAGACAUCCCAACAUACAACAGGACCGGCAGCAACUGCUGGCAGGUGCACCUUGUUCUUCUGCCCAUAAAGAAGCAGAGAGCCAAGACAAGCGUCCAGCGAGGGCCAUGUCCUGUCUUCACAGAAACAUUCAAGUUUAACCAUGUUGAAUCUGAGAUGAUUGGAAAUUAUGCAGUUCGCUUUAGACUCUAUGGUGUACGUCGCAUGAAAAAAGAAAAGAUUGUGGGUGAAAAAAUUUUUUAUUUAACAAAAUUGAAUCUUCAAGGGAAGAUGUCAUUACCUGUGAUUUUGGAGCCUUCUUACAGUCUUUCCGGCUGUGGCUCCCAGAUGAGCAUGUCAGAAAUGUCCUGUAGUGAAAGUACCUCCUCUUGUCAGUCUCUAGAACAUGGCUCAACUCCAGAAAUCCUCAUUGGCCUGCUUUAUAAUGCCACAACUGGCAGAUUAUCAGCAGAAGUCAUAAAAGGCAGCCACUUCAAAAACUUGGCAGCAAACAGACCACCCAAUACAUAUGUUAAGUUAACUCUUCUGAAUUCCAUGGGUCAAGAGAUGUCCAAAUGCAAGACAUCCAUUCGCAGAGGGCAGCCAAAUCCCAUAUACAAGGAAACUUUUGUCUUUCAAGUGGCACUGUUUCAGCUUUCAGAUGUGACCCUUAUACUGUCCGUGUAUAACAAACGCAGCAUGAAACGAAAAGAGAUGAUAGGCUGGAUUUCUCUAGGUCUCAACAGCUCAGGAGAAGAAGAGCUCAAUCACUGGACUGAAAUGAAGGAAUCCAAAGGACAACAAGUAUGUAGAUGGCACUCAUUAUUAGAGUCAUGAUGGACAGAGCCACAGGCAAUUACAACUCAAUAUAGCCUCAUUUCUGGCUCCAAAAAGAUUGUUUUUACUUAGCCACUACCAGGAGAGCAGUUCACAGAAGUUUCAGAUUCAACAUUCCACCUUAAAACAUGCACUAAGUGCUAUGGAACAGAACAGCUAAUACGACAUCUUUUCAUUGACUUUAUCUCUGGUGGAAAUUAUUAUGGAAUAUGAGAAACUUAUAUGAUUGUG